AUGGCAUCGUCGAUACCUGCACCAAAACCACUCAGUUUCACAGGAAAUGUCGCGGAGAAUUGGAGAAAAUGGCUCCAGCAAUACAAGUUGUUUAUGGCCGCCACGGAGAAGAACAGGAAAUCGGAGAAGAACAGGAAAUCGGAAAAGCUUCAGUGUGCGAUGUUCUUAACUUUAGCAGGAGAGAGAGCGAUUGAAAUUUAUAAUACCUUUACAGAAAGUGAAAUCGACAUGAUUGAGCCUCUUAUUCAUAAGUUCGAGGCUUACUGUACGCCGAAGAAAAAUCUUACGUACGAGCGACAUGUAUUCCAUAGUCGAAAACAACACGUGGAUGAAACAUUCGAUCAUUUCCUAACAGAUCUUAAAAUUAUAAUACGAAAAUGUAGUUACGGGCAGUUAGCCGACGACUUAUUGCGAGAUCAAAUCGUGGAAGGCACCCAAAGCGACAAAGUACGGGCAAGACUGUUACGCGAAAGUGAACUUGACCUGCAAAAAUGCAUUGAUAUUUGUAGAGCAGACGAAGCGGCCACCGCUCGAAUGAAAUCGUUGUCAAACACAUGUCAAGUGAAACCAAGAAACGAGAAAUUUGAAACCAAGAAACGAGACCCCCAUCUACUUGUAGCAGGUGUGGUUAUACACAUGGAUCAAGAUCCUGCCCGGCGAAUGGCAGAAUCUGUCAUAACUGCGGCAGAUUUAAUCAUUUUCAGAAAAUGUAUCGAAGUGAAAAACCUAAGACCAAAGUGGAAACAGUCGAGCAGCAACAAACUUCAGUAA